UUCAUUUUUGGGUGCACUGCGUUCUUAUUUCCUCUAUUCUAGUAUGCUCCCAGUUUGGAUAAUAACAGGUUUUCUAGUUUAUCCAAGUUAUCAGCAAAAUAAUUCCACUGAUAAUUCCACUUCUACCGAUGACUUUGACUAUUCAAGAUGUCCUACUGGGUGCAUAUUCGACGGAAGUAUAUUGUAUUCUGAUAGCAUCAAGAAUUUCCCAAAAAAAUGUUCAACUGUUUGCGCUCCUGAUGCAUUAUACAUUGGUUAUGAAACAGAUCUUACUGAAAAACAGCUGACAUCCACAUUCAAAAACCUAAAGCAUUUGAUAGGAUCUCUGUAUAUGUUUCGUUCAAAGUUCAAGUCUGCCAGUUUUCUGAGUGGUCUUGAAACUAUUGAGUGCGAUAACAUUGGGUUUUUCAAGAUCUCCCUGAAUGAUAAAAUGACGGAAAUUGGAAUGCCGAAUUUGACAAAUGUUUCGUGUCGGGUUGAGAUCACAGCUAAUGUUAAACUGUUGAAACUAAACUUACCAUUAAUGAAACCAAUGUAUUCGCUGACUGCAAACUACACUCGGAUAGAUGUAGACAUCGAAAACAAUUCAGAAAACUUUUGCAUAACAAUUCAAGAAAUGUCUAAUCUCCAGAGUAACAAAGAUAUCGUUUUUGGAUUAAAUGGGAUUUCUGGAAAAUACUGUCCAGCUUCAAAAUCCGAUGUUGCGUUGGGCACUUUGUGCAAUAUAGAAAACUCCACAUUAUCCGAGAUUAAUUCCACGUGUGUAAACCUGGUUGGAGAUUUGAUCAUUGAUGAAUCAAAUGAGGAACAUGUUCAGAAGUUGAACAGCGUUGAAUCAAUUUUUGGAAGUCUUACUAUUGACAAUACAAACCUAACGAGCAUUGAUUUUUUAAGCAAGUUAAAAAAUAUUGUUAGUUUAAAAGAAAAUCAUCUUGCUAUCCGAGUUGAAUACAACUCCGAACUAACUAAUGUAUCGUUUCCGGAAAUUCAAAGAGUCGAAUCUCGAGUAUAUGUCCCAAUUGUUUUCAAUAAUAAUAGUCAGGAGCUUUUGAUGAGCCCAAGUUUUUGCAAUGACAUCAGAAAUAAUUUGAGCGGAAACAAGUCAUGGGUUGUGAAAUUUGACAACAAAGUUUGUGCUUAUCAAAAAAAUGGAAUUUGCACCCACAAUUAGGAAAAAAUUGCCGCCACAUCAAAUGAACUGACAACGAAUUUCAGACGAUAUCGAGGAAGUCUCUGAUGUCGAAAAAUAUGCACGAACGACGGAUAUACCAACUCUGAUGUUAAUUCUUUACUGUUUUUAUCGCAUUUUCACAUAACUUCAAAAUAGUUUGAGAUUCAUAAACCUUU